UGCAAUUCCACGCCUCGGGCUGUUUUUAAAGGAAACAUGGCUGCUGGAGGCAAUCUCGGCCAGGAAGAAAUGACUUGCCCCGUUUGCCACCAACCUUUCUUGGACCCAGUGAUUACUGACUGUGGGCACACUUUCUGCCACGCCUGCCUCAUCCAGAGUUGGAGGGACUCUGAUGCAGCAGGUUGCUGCCCUCAGUGCGAAAAACCUUUUAAAGAAGGCAGCUACAAGCGGAACCAUGAGCCAGCAGGGCCUGCAGGGGAAUCCACGAAAUCUAAAAAAGGGGAAGAUGAGAAAAGCAAGAGGGGAAGGUGCGAUGAACACCUGGAACUCGCCUGUGAGGGUGAUGAUCGAAUGGUUCGAGAGAAAAAGGGAAGCAUGAUACCGAAAGGGACAUCCACACCGCUUGUAGUUACGGAUGAAGACAUUAUGUGCCCUAUUUGCAGAGAUUAUUUAACAGACCUUGUGACUCUGGAUUGUGGCCACAAUUUUUGUAAGGCCUGCAUCAACCAUCACUGCGAGACAUGGGAGAAAAUAGGUCCACUGACAUGUCCUACCUGCCAAACCAACAUCCAGAGAGGGAAUUACCGGCCAAACUGGCAGCUGACCAACAUUGUAGAAAAGUACAAACGCUACAAAGGAACACUGUGUGAAAGGCACAAGGAAAAACUUCUACUGUUCUGCAAAGAAGACAGAGAAUUGCUAUGUUCCAAGUGUGAACAUUUGCCACAGCACAGACAGCAUUCAGUGGUUCUCCUGGAGGAUAUUGAACAGGAGAUCAGAAGGACCUUGAACAGGUCCAAUAAGUUGGUUAAUCACCCCAACUUCGAAGAGAGUAUCAACAAUUGCCCACAGAAAAACACUCCUCUGAUCAAGAUUACAGAAAAAUGGGAAGAAAGUAUAUCUCUGGAUCCAGGUACAGCAUAUCCAUACCUCAUUGUGUCUGAUGACCGGAAAAGUGUGAGAUGGGGAGAUGGAAAGCAGGACGUGCCCACGAGCCCUGAGAGGUUUCACUUUGAUCCCUGUGUCCUGGCCUGCAAGGGUUUUGUUUCAGGAAGACAUGGGUGGGAGGUGGAGGUGGGGAUGGAGGUUAAGGAGGAAGAGGCGGAAUGGGCUGUGGGGGUUGUACGAGAAUCUUUCCAGAGGAAUGCGAAGAACAGCCUUAGUCCUUAUUGUGGGAUCUGGGCUGUGGGAAAGGAGAGGAAUUCUGGCCAAGGCUCAUUGAAUGACUCUCCUCCGCCCUGUUACCUCUGGGCUUUUACUUCUCCCAAGUGGACCAUGUUGAGACUGGCACUUCUGCCCAGGAAGAUCAAGGUGUCCCUGGAUUAUGAAAAGGAAGAUGUGGAAUUUUUCGAUGCUGAUUUGGACAAACAGAUCUUCAAAUUCUGCCCAGCCUUUUUCAAUAGGGAGAUGAUAAUCCCCUAUUUGUGGGUAGGUCGUGGUGUCAUCCUGAAAUUCUGCGGCAAUGGGGCACAUGGUUCUCACGAAUGACUACUGGUUCCUGAACAUGCAUUGCUGAAACUUUGAUCUGCGGGCCAAGAGUUGGGAUGUGUCUUGCCAAAGGCAAGGCGGUUCUUUUAAAAUUCAGAAGCAAUACAAAAUACACAAGUGAGUGUGAUGAUUAAAGGUUUUAUUCCAAAACAGCAAGUGAUGUAGACAUACCAAGCAAGCGCUUCAAUCUGCCACUUGGAAGCCCUCAAGAAGCAGUGAAGCGGCCCCUCCAGGUAGCCUCAGUUGACACAGCCCCGCAGCCAAUCUGUCCGUGCACAAGCUUCAGAGAAAUUCUGCCCAAACCGUCAGAUUUUAUAGACAAACCUGUGCAGCUUUCAAGACUGGCUGCGUGCAGACUAUCCAUUAGCCACCCCCUCUCAAUGCCUCACUUUCUCAAAACAUGUCAAACAUGAAAGAAGGUACCCAGCACUAUCCUCCCAAACUGAUAAGGCAACUAGAGGGGGGGAUCACCUCCUCCCAAUGGUCCCAAAACAUUUAAGACUGUUCUCAAAACAUUCAAGAAAGAGGAAGGGGGAAGGAACACUUAACUCAUUGAUACAUUUUGCCUUCCUGAUGCAUUUCGCAUACAGGAUGUUGGAGGAAUCCGUUGAAAAGGGACUAUCAAACGGAUUACCUUCGUUCUGCUUCCUUGACCUCUAUCACAACACAGUUUCUCUAUCAAACACAUUUUUUUUUUAAAAAAAGAACUCUAAUGGAUAGAAAGCAGCUUCCCAUGGCUAAUUUUUGUUAAUAAUCGCAUAAAAAGUAGCAUAUAUGAAGCUUAAGGUUCAUAAUUAUGUAAGAAAAGAUAUGUUUUUUUUUCAUUUUUUGUGUACAUGAUUGAAAUUUCAAUUUACUUUAAGAGAUGUACUA